AUGUCAUCUGCAGUAAGACAAGCAGUCUCAGAGCUCUGUGUUCCUGUCCCAUGGGGAGAGAUCAGAGGUAAAGUCUGGGGUCCUGAUCAUGGUCGUCCUGUGCUGUGCCUGCACGGCUGGGCUGACAACUGUGGCACAUUCAACACCCUCAUCCCCCUUCUACCCAAAGACUGCAGAUAUGUGGCGGUGGACCUGGCAGGCCACGGUCUGUCAUCACACCGUCCUCCUGGGGUUUUCUACUCGUUUUCUGCGUAUGUGGCAGAUGUACGCAGAGUCGUUGAUGGGCUGCGGUGGACUAACUUCUCCGUCAUAGGUCAUAGUAUGGGUGGUAAUGUUGCUGCAAUGUUCAGUGCUCUGUAUCCAGAGAUGGUGGAUGCUCUCGUGCUGCUGGACGCUUACGGAUUCUUACCUACAGACCCGAAAGAAGUAUCCAAAGUGAUGAGGCAGGGGAUGGAUGAGAUGAUCCAGUUUGAAAAAAAGUCAGAAGAAAAGAAAAGAGUUUACACUUAUGAGAAGGCAGUUGAGAGGCUGUUGACUGCGAACCCGACUCUGUCUAAACAGUCUGUGUGCAUCCUGUUAGAGCGAGGUCUAGUUCAAGUCGAAGGAGGAUUUGUGUUCUCCAGAGACCUGAGACUUAAUUUUAAAAACAUAGUGCGGAUCACUUUGGAGCAAAGUCUGGAGAUGCAGCUGAGGAUUCAAGCGUCUGUCCUAGUUAUUCUAGCAGAAAAAGGCUUUGAGGCAAAAAUUUCAGAAUCAAACCAUCAGAAACUUUUCUCCACACUUCUACAGGGCUACCGUGACAGAAAUCACACGGUGGUGACAUUACCAGGCGAUCAUCACGUCCAUCUAAAUGAUCCUGAAGUCGUCGCUCCACUUGUUUCUGACUUCCUGCACGUCAAAGUGUUGUCGCAGCAACCGCUAGCAUAGUGGACGGACACACAAGUGACAAACAGUACACGCAGCCAUACACACACACACACACACACACUCACACACACACACACAU